AAGUCUCCGGAGCUUACGGCCGGCUAUUUGCGGAGCCUCCUACUUACACGCGGGGCUUAGAAUCCGUUUGAGGGAGAAGGAAUUGUCACCGGAGCUGAGACCGGGCGGCCAGAGUCCGCAGGGAUGAACCUCGAGUUGCUAGAGUCCUUUGGGCAGAACUAUCCAGAGGAAGCAGAUGGGACUUUGGAUUGCAUCAGUAUGGCCCUGACUUGCACCUUCAACAGGUGGGGCACACUGCUUGCAGUUGGCUGUAAUGAUGGCCGAAUUGUCAUCUGGGAUUUCUUGACAAGAGGCAUUGCUAAAAUAAUUAGUGCACACAUCCAUCCAGUCUGUUCUUUAUGCUGGAGUCGAGAUGGUCAUAAGCUCGUGAGUGCUUCCACUGACAACAUAGUGUCGCAGUGGGAUGUUCUUUCAGGGGACUGCGACCAGAGGUUCCGAUUCCCUUCGCCCAUCUUAAAAGUCCAGUAUCAUCCUCGAGAUCAGAACAAGGUUCUCGUGUGUCCCAUGAAAUCUGCUCCUGUCAUGUUGACCCUUUCAGAUUCCAAACAUGUUGUUCUGCCGGUAGACGAUGACUCCGAUUUGAAUGUGGUGGCAUCUUUUGAUAGGCGUGGAGAAUAUAUCUAUACAGGAAAUGCAAAGGGCAAGAUCUUGGUCCUAAAAACAGAUUCUCAGGAUCUUGUUGCUUCCUUCAGAGUAACGACUGGAACAAGCAAUACCACAGCCAUUAAGUCAAUUGAGUUUGCCCGGAAGGGGAGUUGCUUUCUAAUUAACACAGCAGAUCGCAUCAUCAGAGUCUAUGACGGCCGAGAAAUCCUAACCUGUGGGAGAGAUGGAGAGCCUGAACCCAUGCAAAAACUGCAGGACUUGGUGAAUAGAACCCCGUGGAAAAAGUGUUGCUUCUCCGGGGACGGGGAGUACAUCGUGGCGGGCUCCGCUCGGCAGCACGCGCUGUACAUUUGGGAGAAGAGCAUUGGCAACCUGGUGAAGAUCCUGCACGGGACCAGAGGAGAGCUCCUGCUGGAUGUGGCUUGGCAUCCUGUUCGACCCAUCAUAGCAUCCAUUUCUAGUGGAGUGGUGUCCAUUUGGGCCCAAAAUCAAGUAGAAAAUUGGAGUGCCUUCGCCCCAGAUUUCAAGGAGCUGGAUGAAAAUGUAGAAUAUGAGGAAAGGGAAUCAGAGUUUGAUAUUGAAGAUGAAGAUAAGAGUGAGCCUGAGCAAACAGGGGCUGACGCUGCAGAAGACGAGGAAGUGGAUGUCACCAGCGUGGAUCCCAUUGCUGCUUUCUGUAGCAGUGAUGAAGAACUAGAAGAUUCAAAGGCUCUGUUGUAUUUGCCCAUUGCCCCUGAGGUAGAAGACCCUGAAGAAAACCCUUAUGGUCCCCCGCCCGAUGCAGUGCAAACCUCCUUAAUGGAUGAAGGGGCUAGCUCGGAGAAGAAGAGGCAGCCUUCAGCUGAUGGGUCCCAGCCACCGAAGAAGAAACCCAAAACAACCAAUAUUGAACUUCAGGGAGUUCCGAAUGACGAAGUCCAUCCACUACUGGGUGUGAAGGGGGAUGGCAAAUCCAAGAAGAAGCAAGCAGGCCGGCCUAAAGGAUCAAAAGGUAAAGAGAAAGAUUCUCCAUUUAAACCGAAACUCUACAAAGGGGACAGAGGUUUACCUCUGGAAGGAUCAACGAAGGGUAAAGUGCAGGCGGAACUCAGCCAGCCCUUGACAGCAGGAGGAGCAAUCUCAGAACUGUUAUGAAGACCUUGAAGCUUGUCGUUCUGCCCUACUUUGCCGUCUGGUGGCCUUUGGAACAGUGGUCAGUCACUUGAGAUUGACUUUCAUGUAAAAUGAAGGCCUCUGCCUCCCACCCAGGAGACAGAAGGAGUGGAUUUUAUGUUUGAAUGAAGAAGUGAAUUAUGGAAGAAGAGUACAUGUCCUUGCCUUCCCUUCUAAGCGUAAGUCCAAAUAGGCUCUCAGGAAUGAGGAUUCGCGCAGACAUCAGAUAGGAGAUUUGACUCAGUAAAGCUCCACGCUCGAUUGUACUGCAGGUACACAAUGCCUGUGUUCUCCUCAUCUCACUUGGACCCAUAGCAUUUGGACGUGCCGUUCUCUGUCUCCUGUCUGCCUUCCACCCUCAGCGUGUCCUCCCGUGAUGUGUUCUUGUCUGAGACUUUGCUACUGGGACCCUGGGAAAGAGAAGCAUUCCUUUUUCUGUUUUUAAAUGCGCCCUCUCCCAGAUGCUUACUGGAUCUCCACAUUAUGUACAAAGGUUGGACCGAAAAGAAAGUGCUUGAAAGGUUUCAAAUUUGCAAAAAAGGGAAGAUGAGAAGCCCCACCCCCUUCCUGUCUCAGCCCCUUUUUGCUCCGGGCCUGCCUCUAAGAGGCUGAGGUCAUUUCCUUGCAUUUCAUGUUAAUUUCAGUGUUAGUUCCAUCUCAUUAAUCAUGGAUUUUGAACAUAAUUCCUUUAUCCAUUGCCAGCAAAGACCCCUGGGCUGUCUAUAUGUUACUUUACUUUUGCUGGCUUCCAGAGUUGGAAACUGACCAAGGUGUUUUUCCACAAGCUUCUUUUAUUUGGGGGUGGGGCACCUGUGGGAAGAGUGAAGUGAAACCUCCAAAAUCAAAGCAGCAGCGACUCAAAUCAAAGAUCAAGGUACAUUUUUAAAAAAUAUAUAUUGCUUGUGGAAACCUGUCCCCACCAGCCAUAGCGUCUCCCUCCCCGUAGUCAUGAUCUUUCUUUUUCACUGUUUUCAGUUACUUCCUUUCUGUGAAAGGUUGCUUAGCUUCUCUCUCUCUCUCUUCCUUUAAUAAAAGUAGCAGGUUGGAUGGAGGUGUAUAAUAAGUGUUUGAAAUUUUCUGACAGUGCAGUGAGAAACCAGAUGUGGAAAGGGGUUGGUAACCUCCGAGUACAGCUUCUAGCUGACUGUGCUGACCCUAGAACGUACUUCCUCAGCAUUUUCAAAGGAGAGUUUAAAUACUGUACGAAUUUUAAAAUUUCUAUCAGUUGGUGGCGGCUCCUUUCGGUUGCCAAACACAUUGAUUACUUUUUAGAUUGUGGGACAGAAAGAAAGGUGGGACCCCCCCCCCCCUCAGUAAAUGCCUCUUUCUCCCAGCCCACCUUUCAGAAAGUGGAGCUAGCUCUCCUCCACUCACCGAGUUCUAGGGGCCCCUCUUCUUCCAGAGCUCAGUCUGAACUUCAUGUGGGUUAGACCUGUGCUCGGGCUGGUAAGUGGCUCGCGGGGUGUGUUUUUGUUUUGCAGACAGUUUACCCAUUCCAUUCUCUCUGUGUAUAUACCAUGCUGGUGUCAUGUGCAGACUGAUGCCUUACCUCUGUGUGCCAGCUAGCUGUGUUUCCUCUGUCCGCAUCAGGAUGCUCGUGCUCUGCCCCCUUCAACUGGCUACUGAGAGAAUCGCUCAAGCCCCGGCAGUGCCUCUGGCAGCAGUUCUAAUAAUGAUUUAUAUGCUUUUGGAAGUUUUUUGUCUGCUGGUAAAGCCUCCCAUCCACUUCAGCUUGAAUUUUCUGGUUCAUGUAAUAUAUGUAUAUUCCCUUCCCUUCUGCCAUCUUUCUCAACUUACCAUUUUGUUUUUUAAAAUGUUCUGUAGUUUUGUACAAGAUGAAGCUUAGCCUUGAGUACUUCUUGCCGAAGCUUUAAUGCUUUGUAAAUAAAAUUGGACGUUUAUUAAA